CAAAAAUACUACUAUAUGUAUGUACUUACCCUUCUCUUCCCUCCUAUGAAUAAUCACUUCUCUUCCUGCUCUCAACAACAACUCAAAUACCUUUCUCCCUUGCCCAAUUCCUAAAUCCCAGUCCCCCCUUUUCAAAUCAAAUCCCAAUUCCCCUCCCAAACCCCAAAAAACAUUCACCUCUUCAUAAAAAUCCCACCUUUCCUUCAAUUUUCCCCUACCCACCCUCUCAGUUUUUCACUUCAAGAUUCAGACGUGCUUUCUUUCCGCUUCUCUCUCUUCUUUUCUUUGUGGGUUCCUUUCCCCUUUCUCAAAUGCUUAACCCUACGCGGCUCCGAUUUCUUCUAUUGCCUUCAAUGCGCACCGUUUCUGCGUGACCCAGAAAACCUAGGUGCCUAGGGCUCUUCCAACCGUGAGUUUUGCUCGAAAUUCGAUUUUUCCGAUUCUUUUGCAAGUGGGUAUGGUGGGGAACGAUGACGCGGGCCACCUCUCCGCCUCCCGGAAAAUGUUCUGGCGGUCGGCGUCGUGGUCCUCCUCGCGCACCGCCGCCGGAAAUGCCUCUUCCGGCGAGGCGGAGAAGGGCUUCGCUGAUUCCGGCGCCGCCGACGGUCCCCACGGCCAGAACCGGCGGUUUGGUCCGCCGCCGCUGACGCCUCGGUCGCAGCAGAAUUGCAAGGCGCGGUCUUGCCUGCCGCCGCUGCAGCCACUCUCCAUCGCCCGGCGGAGCCUCGACGAGUGGCCGAAGGCGGGCUCCGACGACAUCGGCGAGUGGCCGCAGCCGCCCACCACCCCCGGCGGGAGAGCUAAUGGUAGCAAUGGUGAAAGGUUGAAACUUGAUUUGUCUUCCAUUCAGCAUAACAACCCUGAUCAUAGUAGGAGUAACAAUGGAAAUGGGCUUGUGAAGAGGGAUAGAAUUGCAUUUUUUGAUAAGGAGUGUUCAAAAGUUGCUGAUCAUGUGUACCUUGGUGGUGAUGCUGUUGCUAGGGAUAGGGACAUUUUGAAGCAUAACGGUAUCACUCAUGUGUUGAAUUGUGUGGGAUUUGUGUGUCCUGAGUACUUUAAGGCUGAUUUUGUUUAUAGGACUUUGUGGCUGCAGGAUAGUCCCUCUGAGGACAUUACUAGUAUUUUGUAUGACGUGUUUGACUACUUUGAGGAUGUUAGGGAGCAAGGUGGGAGGGUAUUUGUGCACUGUUGUCAAGGGGUGUCUAGGUCUACUUCCUUGGUCAUUGCUUACCUUAUGUGGAGGGAAGGGCAGAGUUUUGAUGAUGCUUUUCAGUUAGUGAAGGCAGCGAGAGGGAUUGCUGAUCCGAAUAUGGGGUUUGCUUGCCAGCUGUUGCAGUGCCAGAAGAGGGUUCAUGCUGUCCCUCUUAGCCCUAGCUCUUUGCUGAGGAUGUAUAGAAUUGCUCCACACUCACCCUAUGAUCCUUUGCAUCUGGUUCCAAAAAUGUUAACGGAUCCUUCAUUGGCUGCAUUGGACUCCAGAGGUGCAUUUAUCGUGCAUAUUCCUUCAGCCAUAUAUGUUUGGAUUGGUAAGGAUUGUGAGGCCAUCAUGGAGAGGGAUGCCAGAGGGGCAGUUGGCCAGAUUGUCCGGUAUGAGAAGGUGCAAGGGCCUAAUGUGAUAAUUAAGGAAGGUGAGGAGCCUGUUUCCUUUUGGGAUGCUUUUUCAAGUUUUCUGCCCUUGAUGGACAAGGACAAAUCUGGCAACAGAGUAGAAGAGGGAAAAAGAUUAACCAGUCAAGUUUUACCUGGUGAGAGGAGGGUGGACUCAUACAAUGUUGAUUAUGAAGUUUUCAAAAAAGCAAUCACCGGAGGCUUUGUGCCUCCAUUUGCUUCGUCAGGUGAACAUGAAACACAUCUGCCUGCAAGAGAGAGUAGCUGGAGUGUUAAAGUUUCCUAUACUGGCACAAAGGAGUUUGUUUCAGCCCCUCGGUUAUCCUUCCCAAGGGUUUAUUCAGAUUCCAUGUUGUGUAUUUAUACGUCAGCAAAUGCAAAUUUGUCUCCAUCAUCAUCCUUGUCCUCAUCGUCAUCAUCUGUAUCAUCAUCCUCUUCGCCGUCUUAUGUUUCUCCAGAUUCCAUUUCUUCUGAUUCUAGCCCUCAUUCAAAGUCUUUGUCAGAAGUGUCCCCAGAUUCUUCCUCCAUAGUUUUGACUUCUAUUCCUGUAUCUUCAUGUUUGUCUAAUUUUUCUAAUUUGUCAAUCACAUCAUAUUCUACUCCUAAAACAGUGUCUAACAGUACAGAUGUCCUUGGGGUCAAGUUAUCACAUCCCUGGUCUCAGUCAGCCUCUCUACCGUUGAAGAAAUCAUCAACUUCCCUUGCCGAACGGAGAGGUAACUUGUCAAAAUUUUUGAAGUUGCCACUAAUGAAUGAUAAGACACAAGUAACAGAUAAAUCGUCAACUUCUCAUGCUAGUCGAGAAUAUGACAUUCUUGUUAAUGGGAAUGUUAGCUAUCUGCAACAAUCCGAUAAUAAAGAUUAUUUUUGUAAGUCUAACAACCAUGCCAAGGAUGGAGGUGUGAAUUCAAUUCAAAAGUGUGAGCUGGCAUUGUGUCCAAGCAUUGCUGGUAGCAUGGACCUCAAGGAAUUUAGUCAGUCUACAUUGAAGCGAACUAAUGAAAGUGGCUUACUGCAGUGUAAUGUCGCACAAACUUGGGUAUAUCACUGGCCCAGUCUACAAAAGAUUGAGACAUUUGGUGCAAGUCAUUUGGAUUCUAAAGCUGCUUUUGUCAUAUUCUCUCCCAGUAUGCAUGUACAUCCAGGAAACAUUUUAUAUAUCUGGGUAGGGAGGUCUUUCAAUUGUGAUGCUUCACAGGUUCACUUAGAUAUUGAUAAACAGACCGAUUAUGUAAGAAUUGCUGACUGGAAUCAAAUUGGUUGUGAUCUCCUUGCUCAGUUUAGUUUGCCAAAGAACACAGUCAUGAAGGUUGUUAAAGAGAAUGAAGAACCUUCAGAAUUCCUUGAUCUACUGAAUUCAUUGUAACUAAAACGUUACUAGGAGAAUCCUUGGUUCAAUUAGCUUCUUUAACCUUUUCCCAGCACCUGCAGCUAUCUCUUUGUAUGGCAAAUUUUCAGGCUCUAAUUUGAUCUUCCCUGUGAUAAAAAAAUCCAGCGAGGAGGUUGCCCAAUGCCAAGUCAAUUGUAGUAGCUCGGCUGAUUGUACAGUGCAGUGCUUUACCACCCUCAACCUAGACGAUUAUGUUCAAUAUACUCAAAUUUCAUUCACUUUCUCAUGUUAUUUAUAAAAAACAAUUCCUUUUUAGCUAUCUUUCCUAUCCUCUCUCAAUGCGGAAAAUGGUGUAGUUUAUUUGCUUAUAUGUGAACAAUUUCCUGAUUGAGAAUUUCUAAGUUUGAAACAGUAGCCGGUU